AUGGAUGGCCCAGAAACCGUCCCAUGGUUGGACUCAGCCUCUCCACGGUUAAUAGGAGAGCGUUAUUUCAGUUCUCCAACUACAGUGACUGAGUUUAUCACCCAGGCGCAAGGUUCAAAUCUCUCCGCAUCAUCUCUUAGUCAAUAA